CUGCGCCUCUCUUCGUUGGUUUACGGUAGUGGUGCUGAUGCGGGAUGAGUCAGGCUGUGUGAUGUCUCUGAUACUGCUGCCAUUUCAUCAGCACAAUUUCCAAACAUUUCGCUGUGUCCAAAGCGUGGAGGGAUCCACACACCCCGGAAAGGCGUCAUGACUGCUUUGACUUCUUAAUGUCUGGGAUUUCUGCGAGAACUGUUCUGCCUGCGCAGAUUUAAAGAGCCACGUUGCGUUGGUGUGAUUAUAUCUGUUUACUACACUGUAGUAGCUUCCCGGUGUCCUCUGAUCUCUGCUGUGAUCGCUGAGCUGUUAAAGAGUAAGGAGAGACUGAACAGGGUGUGUAUGUGCUGCUUUGGCUCGUGAUGUGUGUGUGCGCUUUCUAGAAAGUCCAUCAUCCUGUUAGGACCAUGGCAUUUGGGUUUACUAAGCUCUGAUCAACCCGACCAGACGCCAUAGACAUGGAGACAAUAUGGCUUUACCAGUUUCGCCUGAUCGUCAUCGGUGACUCCACGGUUGGUAAAUCGUGUUUGAUCAGGCGCUUCACAGAGGGGCGGUUUGCACAAGUGUCUGACCCUACAGUUGGUGUGGAUUUUUUCUCUCGCCUGGUUGAGAUUGAGCCGGGGAAACGCAUAAAGCUCCAGAUAUGGGAUACGGCGGGUCAGGAGCGCUUCAGGUCCAUUACUAGAGCGUACUACCGUAAUUCAGUGGGAGGUCUGCUGCUGUUCGAUAUCACAAACCGCCGCUCAUUUCAGAAUGUUCGCGAGUGGCUGGAGGAGGCGCGCAGCCAUGUGCAACCACACACCAUCGUCUUCCUGCUGGUAGGCCACAAGUGUGAUCUGGAGGUGCAGCGGCAGGUCUCCCGGCAUGAGGCUGAGAAGCUGGCGGCUGUUUACGGCAUGCGCUAUGUGGAGACUUCAGCAUGCGAUGCCAUCAACGUAGAGCGGGCGUUCACCGAGCUGACGCGUGACAUCUUUGAGCUGGUCAAACAUGGAGACAUCACCAUUCAGGAAGACUGGGAGGGUGUGCGGAGUGGCUUCGUGCCCAACGUGGUGCACUCAUCCGAGGAGGUAACGAAGAAUGAACGCCGGUGCUUCUGCUGAGCCACCUGGAACCCUAGCAUUCAGACUCAAAACUUCAGAUCUCUCAGAAUAGAAGGGCAAACUUCAAUCCUCACUUAUGACAUUACUCCUUCCCUGCCUGCUGAAUGGUCCCGAGCCUCUACCCUCUGGUUCUCCACUAGUUACUGCUCCUUAUAGCUAACCAUUUACAAGACUAACAAGACAAUGAACACUGACACACAUUUCAGCUCCUUCAGCCUCUUCUAAAAAAAAAAAAAAAAAAAAAAACCCUUAGUCCAGCACCUUACACAUCUGUCAAUCACUUGAAAGCCAUGACAUGUUUCCCUUGAGGGUAAACAGCCUUUAGAGACUGGGUCUUCUCUAGACAUGCACAGACAUUUCCAUCAGAGAAUAGCCAAAGGCGAGGACUUGAAAUGAACUACUGAGCUCAGAAUGCUGAAAUGCUGCUUGAGACUGGACUACUUAUUCUUUGGUUGAGGUAUAUAUGUGGCAUAUCAAAGGUAAAAUGAAAAAAAUUGGUGUAUUGCAAUAUACCACAUAACACAGAAACCACGCCUGAAUAUUAAGAUGAAAAAUCAACAUUCAUAUCAACAAAGUCCUGCCUGUUUUUUUUUUUUUUUUUUUUUUUGGACACAUUGAACUUGUUUGAGCAAAACCUGUUGCUUAAUGUACAACAUUUAAGAUGAAUCAUAAACUUGUGCUUUUGUUAACUCACCAAAGGGAUUUAUGUAAGCUUGUAAAUAAAAAGAAAGAGGAACGUGGAAAUGAGGUGCACUAUGACAAAUACCGUUACACAUCUCCAUCAUGAAAAAGGAAAUAUUUUUAAACCGUAAUCCUUUAAGGCGCUUUAUGUAUGUUAUACAGUAAAUUUCACCCCUAACCAUGUUAUAUGGGCAAUUGGCUUGCACUGUUAUUUUUACAAACACCCUUUUGAACCCCAUCAUACCAACUACACUAACAAGCUUCAUCCCCAUUCCAAGUCCAAAUAGACAUUUAUAAAAGUAAAAUGUUGAUUCUUGGCAUCCCAAUAAUUUCAUCAGAAAUUGCUCUCUCAAGCACAUCUAAUUGGACCAGGCUAUAGUACACAUUGCUGCUUUGACUGAAUGAAGUCUGUUAUUCUUAAUGCUGCACAAUAUAAUAUUGCAUGGUAAUAAUGAUCACAAUAUUGUCCUCUACAAUAUGACAACUGAACAGACAGCAAUUGUUGCAUUUUGUUUAGUGAUUUAUCCAUAUUGUGCAGCUUUAGCCAUAGUGCUGGAUUCAAUCCCGUCAAUUAAAUCCUUGCAGCAUUGGCGCACAUUUGGAUUUGGGCUUCAGUCUCGGUUUGUUUUCCGGUGCAAGUGAAUCUGAGCUCAUGAAGACUGAAAUAUUAAUGAUGAGUGUACCUACAAAUAGUUGUAAAACACUCUGUACCUCUUUAUCAGAACCUGAUGUACUACAGAUUAAAAUA